CUUGAAGGCACAAGUGCGGAAGGAGACACCGAACUUGCCAUCCGCGUCCGCCAGGUUGCUGGGGUACAGACAGCCCUCCGCCGCCCCACACCAAUUCCACAUGUUGCACUGUGGCGAGGCCUGGCACUGGCGGCAGCACUCUUCCGCGCUGCUGGUGUUGGUGUGCUCUGUUGGCGGGAAGUCACUCCCAUAGUACGCUCCAACCUCCGUCAAGCACUCUUUUCCAGUGCCUGCUGGGAUGACCACCAGUUCAGGCCUCUUUUGCGCAGGGCUGCUAUCCCUGGCACUUGCCAGCACGAGCAACGACUGCGCAGGCCGUCCUUCUAGCGUGAUCGCAAGAAGCACAAAGGUGAAAGCGAUCCGGGAUCCUCGUGGAGGCUGCAUAACGGCGCUCCGAUACUAAGAUGCACUCUAAUUCAAUCCAUCUCCAUAUUUAUGUUGACUAGCGACUGCUAUGAUUAUUCUGCAAUGCUGAUCGACGCCAGAUUGCAGUUGUUUCUGGGCAGGCGAUGCCCCUGCUGGUCGCUAGAGCUAUGCUAUGCAAGCUGCAACGGCAGCCAGCCAGUCUUUCUACACCAGAUGGUUGGAGCAAACUAAGCUGAUAUAUGUACGCCACGAAGAUGCAAGAUAGAAAUUUUUUUCUUUUAGUCGACUUGAUUCACUCAGUGUUCCGGCCAAGCUUUCUUGAGUUCAGUUGUCCAGGCACCUCACACGAUCGCUGACCUGCCCGGCACGAUGCAACCCCUUUCACUCGUUUCACGCUAUUC